AUGGCUCUUCCAUUACUACCUAAAACUGUUAUUGAAGAUGUAUAUGAUGAUUUAGUAGGACAUUUAUCACCAUAUAUGAGAACAGUCAUUAAUGAUUUACUCGAAUAUUUUCAACAACAAUGGUUCCUCAAGGUUUCUAUUUCUCAAUGGUGCGUUCAUGGAUCCUGCAUUAGAACAAAUAAUAAUGCCGAGGGUAUAUAUUUCUUCUUACUUUUCUUACUAUCCACACUCUAAAAAAAAUCGGUACCCUACUGAACCUUUUAAAGUUCCGCAGCAGCUACGAAACCUAAAUGGUUCUUAUCCUGUGCACACGCACGAAACUUUAGCUACGAAACCUUUUUAAGAUCGGUGGGACCCAAAAAGGUUCGGUAUGAGAAAUACGA